ACUGGCCGAGCGUCUGAUCGCCACGGCCACGGAUCCCGAGUUUCUGAAUGCGGGUCGAGGGCCAAUAUCCCGUUGAAUCUGUUGAUUUUAGGUCGAGAACGGGAUUACCUGGAUUGGGACGGAUUGACCCGGCAUUUUGGCCUGGUCCGCCUGCUUUUGGAGCGGGGUGCGGAUGUGAAUCUGCGCAAUCAUUUGCCGUACUUUUGAAAGGAUGCGGAAUCGCCCUUGGAGUUCUUGUUCGGCAUUUUUAUCAUCGAUGUGCCGAAGCCGUGAAAGCCGGCCGAAAUGAUAGCGAGCUCUUAAACACGAUUGGGUCUCAUGGGGAGACCCAUCUGAGUCUGUGCGAGAUCCAGCAACAAACUCAACGGCUCCUCACGGAUUGUUUCGGUCAAUAUGGGGGAUUGCCCAACCUGCAAACCACGACAUGCGGCCAAACCAUCUUUCACAUGGCCAUGGCGGCCCCGGUAAUGGAUCCCGACUUAAUCGAGCAAAUGAUCGCGUUGCGGGCCUUGAUCAAUCUGACGGAUUUCCACGGCACCACACCCCUCAUGGAUCUGAUCCAAAAAUCCCGCCAAGUCGACCAGGUCCAGACCGUGUUCCGAUUGGCCUUGAAUCACGGCAAGUCGUUUGCCUUGAACGUUCAGAAUUGCGUGGGUCAAUCCGCUUUGUGGCGGGCCAUGUUUCAAGGGGAUUUGCCCAUCGCCAAGCUUCUCUUGGAAGAGGGGGCCUCCUCGUUCACCGUGGCUCGAUCCAUGCCCAACCCCGGGAUGAAAUUUCCCUACCGACCCGAGGGUUCACCCCGUCCGGAGGUGUACAUGGUCCCGGCGUGUUUAGCUCCUUUGUUGGGCAAUUCGUCGGAAAACGAAAUUUGGCGGCGGAAACUGCACCCGGUGAAUAGAUCCAAAGGCUGCUGUAAAAGGCCUCCCAAUGUGUUCGACGUGGCCGUCUUCAACCGGAUCAUCCACCGGGACAUCUCGCCCUUGGUGGAUCUGGGUUGGUUCUGCACCUCGGAUGUGGAAACGCCCAUGAAGGAGCUCUUGCAAGAGACCACCGCUUUUGGACAUUUGACCAAAGACAAGGUUUUCCAGAAAUUGGCCAUCAUCCCGCUCAUGUUUGGCCAUCUCUCGGGGGGAUUGGCCCAACUUUGUAUCCGACAUAUCCUCAACCAGGUGCUUUUCAACCAAAGAGACGGAGUACUCCUCCGUCAUUUUCUAAACUCUCUUGUGGUCACGCCCCGUUUCGUAACGCCCUUGGGGCCAUCGCCCUUUCAACAGUUGGGCACGGUCAAAAGCAAGGCCAAACCCGCUCCUCAUCGAUACCGCAAGAGCUCGAGCUCAUCCGUGAAUCCGGGCACCAGUAGUAGCAAUAAUCAAGAGGAUUCCGCCUGUGUCAUCCAUUCCGGAUCCAGCUACAAUUCGUCAGUCACUCUGGACAUGUCCAGAAUCACCUUGUCAGAACCCGAAAUGGAAUCCGUCGUGCCCGGAGAAGAGACCACCGACCGACGAAUGCGUCACAGUAGCUCGCCCAAGUCCCAGCAGCCACCGUGGCGUUUCGAUGAGAAUUGGCACCUUCAAGAGGACCCUGCCUUCCCACGGCCUAACAACACCCAAGGCUCAGCUCCGCCCGAUUCGGCGGCCCAACAAGCCCAAGGCAUCCAGGAGGAGGUCCAAUCCAGCUUGAGGCAAACCGAGCAGCUCUUGGCUGAAGUGGACAGCUCCAUCCAAGAUCUCACCUUGUUCCGUCGGGUGGAACAGAUCCUGGCCGAAGAAGCUCCGGCCUUUCCCGAGACCGAUUCCUCGGCUUCCUCGCCGGAAGAUGCCAUUGCGGUCCCACGUCAAACAAAGACUACGACCACUACAACCACCACCGAUUCGAACUCCCCGGAUACGACGGAUUCCUCCAGCUCUGAUCACACGUGGGAUGGCGUGUUCAGUCUCAGACACGCUUGCUACAAGAACUCGUCCUCGCCGUACUUUAACAUUCCGUGUGCUCCGUUUGGACCGCCGGAUCACGAAGAGAUCCUCGCCUUCUUGGACCCGUCCAACUCGCUCGAGUUGAGCCAAGCCCUCGGUUUGCCCAUCAGUCUGAGGCCUUUGGUGGAGUUGGAGAUAGCUCGUCUUCAACUGGGUUUCGUUUUGUACCGACAUCAAUCCAUCAGUUGUGAUCGAGGAUGCGAGGGCAAUGAUUCCGAUAGCGACAGUUGGGACAGCUGGAGCACGCAUUCGGGACCUUCGAUGACUUCGACCAAUGACUUUGAGUCCAGUCUGAACGAUGUGGAGAGCGAUUACUCCUCACCCAGACCCUUCGAACCCUCAAUUCCUCCACAGCCGAGGCUUCUGUCGGGCUCGUCCUCAAGUUCUUCUUCGUCGCUCUCGUCGGAUCCACCAAUUGGGAUUGCGGUGGAGGCAGGAGCCGCAGGUGAAGCCGUAGGAGGAGCUGAUCCCUUGAUUUUGGACGAGGACUGGUUCUCGUUUCAGGAUCCGGACCAUGAUUUGGCUACAUCGGCACGUUAUGUACGAGAACACUUGAUCAGUUCGGACCAGAAUUUCAACGCGUCCACGGAUUCGGACACUUCCGUGUCAUCCGCUGAAGCGGGUCCAGCCCAUCACCAAUGAUGAGAGGGGCCUAUGAUGGAUGUUAUUAUGCUUAAUAACAAUGGUAUAGUACUCGACUAUGAUUUAUGUGGGCAAUAAAUGAGCCGUAUCGUCGGUCAGUACUAAA